GCCCCGAGCAGAGACACGUCGCAGGGAAGCGGCAGCAGCUUCCGCGCCCGGCCGGAGCCGCCGCCUCGCCAGUUUGCCAGGCAGUUUUGGCUUGCUAUGAGGACCUAAGAUGGAUCCAGAAGAGCAGGAGCUGUUCAGGGACUACAGAUACAGAAAUUAUUCUUCAGUGAUUGAAAAAGCUUUGAGGAACUUUGAAUCUUCAAGCGAAUGGGCAGAUCUCAUAUCUUCACUUGGCAAACUCAAUAAGGCUCUUCAAAGUAACCUGAAGUACUCCCUCUUGCCAAGACGUCUGAUUAUCAGUAAGAGAUUAUCUCAGUGCUUACAUCCAGCUUUACCUAGUGGAGUGCAUUUAAAAGCACUAGAGACCUAUGAAAUCAUCUUUAAAAUUAUUGGGACAAAAUGGCUUGCCAAAGACUUAUUCCUCUACAGCUCUGGCUUGUUUCCCCUGCUAGCAAAUGCAGCAAUGUCAGUGAGGCCUAUUCUCCUCGGUUUGUAUGAGAAAUAUUUUCUUCCUCUGCAGAAGUCCCUCUUGCCAAGUCUUCAAGCCUUUGUAAUUGGACUGCUGCCUGGAUUGGAGGAGGGAUCGGAAAUUUAUGACAGAACAGAUGCUUUGCUUGUGAAGCUGUCUGUACUAACAGGCCAAGAAGUGUUCUAUGCUGCUAUCUGGGGGAGUGUUCUGGUCAGCCCUUCUAUAAGACUUCCUGCUUCUCUGUUUGUUGUGAGUCAUAUCAACAGAGAGUUGUCUGGAAAACAGCAGAAGUACAUGCUGGGAACUGAUUAUAAGCUCACAGUAAAAUCUUUGCGUGUAUCAGUAUUGGAUUCAAAUGUUCUUGUGCAAAGAAACACUUUGGAAGUGCUUCUCUUCUUUUUUCCAUUUUAUACAUCUUUGGACUACAAUGAAAGUGCUAUUCCACUGCUCAAGUCUGAUGUAGUCCAUAUUCUCUCAGCAGCUACACAAACACUCUUGAGGAGAGACAUGUCACUAAAUAGAAGAUUAUAUGCGUGGUUGCUAGGCUCUGAUAUUAAAGGCGGUACUUUUGCUCCAGAUUCUGCAGCUUUUGAAGAUCAUGCCCUCUAUUUUUUUGGAAAAUAUUCCAAAGAUCUUUUAGUUGAGGCUUUGAUUGAAAUAUUGCAUCAGAAGUUCUCAGAGGCUGCCUUAGAAGAUCAUGCAUAUCUGAAACCUUUCCGUAUCCUAAUUAGUCUCCUUGACAAACCUGAAAUAGGGCCACAAGUUGUUGGGGAUUUGUUCCUUGAAGUGAUUCGAGCCUUUUAUUCUUAUUGCAAGGAUGCCCUGGGUUCUGAUCUUAAACUUAGCUACAGUCAAAGUGGCAAUGUACUUACAAGUGCGAUCAAAGAGAAUAGAAGUGCCUCAGAAAUUGUUAAAACAGUCAACUUGUUGAUCACAUCUCUAAGUACAGAUUUUCUAUGGGAUUAUAUGACCAGAUGUUUUGAGGACUGCUUCAGGAAUAAAUCCAUGCAGACAAGAUACCCUACUGAGAAUGUCAGCACUCCUCCUACAAUCUCAGAGCUCUGCACACUGCUGUUGUUCCUUCUUGAUGUGAUUCCUUUGGAACUUUACUCUGAAGUGCAGACUCAGUAUCUCCCACAGAUGCUCAGUUACAUGGUACAGUCUCUUCUGGAGAAUGUGGAGACUCUAAGUUUACCAGAACUCACUCAUGCUUUAAAGACCUGCUUCAAAGUGCUUAGCAAAGUACAAAUGCCUCCUGCCUACUUGGAUAAUGAGACCGGAAGUGAAAACUCGAGCCCAGUGAAACAAGAAAACGGUGAUAUAACUUUAGAAACCAAGCCUGCACUACAGGAUGAAGAUGACACUGCUUUCGCUCCCCUCAAGUCUGAAGACAGUGGCAUAGGUCUAAGUGCCUCAUCCCCAGAGCUCUCUCAACACUUAAGAUUGCCAAGAGUGACUCCUGAAAGGGAUGAUGUUUGGAAAAAUGGGGGGAGUAUUCAGAGGACUUUGCAUUGUAUCCAAGAGUUAGUUGAUAAGUUUGCCAGUAAAUACAUUUUUGGGGUGCAUUUACAAGAUCCAGGAAAUGGCAGAAUUUCGAUAGCAAACAUGAGCAGAGGAGAGAAAGAAAAUAAUUACAGAGUCGCUGAAAAUGCUAGCAAGAAAAAGAACCCCUGGGAAGGAAAGCAAAUUACCGUACCGCAGUUUAAACAAAUGCUUUCAGACUUGUUCACAGUUCGAGGAUCACCAUUUAAACAGAAAAGUCUGGAGCCUCUCUCCCCUGCAAACCAUGACCUUGGUAGCAAAAAGGGAAAAGAAGAAUGGGACAUUGAGCAGGUAAUGCUUGAUUUGGGGGACAUGAAAGAAGACUGCAGAGAGGCCUUUGCUGCUGCUUGUCACCUUCUACUGGAUUGUACUACUUUCCCAGUCUACCUUUCUGAGGAAGAAACAGAACAAUUGUAUUUAUCUCUGUUUCAAGUUCCUGGAGGUUGUGAUACCAGCUUCCCUCUGUGGCUUAAAUCCCUAAUGACGAUAUGCUGCUGCGUAAAUGACUGCUACAUUCAGAAUGUGUCCAUCUCCACGCUGCUUGAAGUUAUCAACCAUUCUCAGUCACUGGCACUUGUGAUUGAAGACAGAAUGAAGCGGUAUAAAAUCUCUGGACACAACCCCUUCUUUGGGAGACUGCAGAUGGUCACAGUUCCUCCAAUUGCUCCCGGCGUUCUAAAGCUAAUAUCAGAGAAAACAGACUUCUAUCAGAGAGUCGCUCAAGUACUUUGGAAUCAGCUGAACAAAGAGACAAGGGAGCACCACAUUACCUGUGUGGAGCUGUUUUAUAGACUGCACUGCUUGGCUCCAUCAGCUAAUAUUUGUGAAGAUAUUAUUUGUCAUACCCUAUUGGAUCAUGAUAAAGGGACAAGGCUGGAGGCACUUUUCAGAUUCUCUGUGAUAUGGCAUUUGACCAGAGAAAUCCAAGGCAGCAGAGUCACUUCCCACAAUCGAUCCUUUGACAGAUCUCUGUUUGUGGUACUGGACAGUCUAAAUUGUUCAGAUGGUGCAAUUGGUGCUGCAGCACAGGGCUGGCUGAUACGUGCUCUCUCGCUUAAUGAUGUUGCACGAAUUCUUGAGCCAGUACUACUGCUUCUUCUUCAUCCAAAGACACAGCGCACAUCCAUCCAUUGCAUCAAACAGAAGAAUUCAGCAGAAGACUUACAUCAUUGGUUUAGCAAGAAAAGUGCCUCUUUCAAAGAGUCAUUUGGAGCCUCUGAGCUACAUGAAAGCAGUUCUGAAGAAAACAUACCACUGAGCCAAUUUACAACCGUGGACAGGGAAGCUAUUUGGGCUGAAGUGGAAAUCGAUCCAGAGACAUCUCAGCUAAAAAAUGGAUGGUCUGAAAAUGAACCAUCCCACUGUACAGAACCUCCACAGGAUCCCGGUGGUGAUCAUGAUAACAGUGAACACACAGAAUCGGCAGAUACCAGCACAGGACCUAAUGAUAGUGAAAAUACAUCAUCUUUUUCACCUUCUCUGGAUCCACAGGAAAUGAGCAAUGAGGAGAACUGUAGAGCUACAAUCGACUGCAGAGAAAACAUGAAGAAUGUUAGUUCAUCUAAUACUUUCCCUCUUCAUGGCUCCAAAUCCAGUCCUAUGUUAAAUCUUGUGCGUGCAGACUCUGAGAAAACUCAAGCAUCGGAAUCACUAUCAAGUGAUGAGGAGGUGGACUUGGAACUCCAAGCAAUUACAACUUCUAGGCUGCUCAAGCAGCGGAAAGAAAAACAAGAGAUGAUAGAGGCUCUGUUUAAACACAUUCUCUUGUAUUUUCAGCCUUACGAUUCCAAGAGGGUUUUGUAUGCUUUUUCUGUACUAGAGGCAGUACUCAAAACAAACCCUAAGGAAUUUAUUGAAGCUGUAGCCAGUACUAGCAUGGAUACAAGCUCUACAGCUCACUUAAAUCUCAUCUAUAAUCUUCUAGCCCGGCACCAGGAAACUCUUGUGGGACAGAGCUUUUAUGGUAAGCUUCAGACUCAGUCACCAACCAUGUGUCCCCAUUCUUUAUUAAUAGAAUUGCUGACUUACCUCUGUUUGAGUUUUCUGCGCUCUUACUAUCCAUGUUACUUGAAGGUAACCCACAGAGAUGUGCUUGGCAACAGAGAUGUCCAAGUCAAAAGUGUAGAAGUCUUGAUUAGAAUGAUGGCGCAGCUGGCCACAAUGGCAAAGUCAGCAGAAAACAAGAAUAUCGAGUUUAUACACAACUUGCUUGGAAGAUGCAAAAUUCAAGAGUUUGUUCUUCUUUCUUUGUCUGCUUCUAUGUAUACAAGUCAAAAACGGUAUGAACUGAUGACAUCUGAUAAAAUUAAUAGCGUCAUCGAACAGAGCCUCUUUGAAGAAAGCCUUAUCAAUUUUGGGCAAGAUCAGAUAUGGAGUGAACACCCCCUUCAGAUUGAGCUGCUGAAGCUUUUGCAAAUAUUGAUUGUCUUGGAGCACCAUCUUGGACAGACACAUGAGGAACAGGAGAACCAGCCAGACCUAUCUAAGGAAUGGCAACGGGCUCUUAAUUUCCAGCAGGCUAUUAGUGCAAUGCAGUAUGUGCAUCCACACCCAAUAACUUCACAAGGAUUAUUUGUCUCCGCUGUAGUUAGAGGUUUGCAGCCAGAGUAUGGCUAUGGGAUGCAUCCAUCUUGGGUAGGUUUAGUCACGCAUUCUUUGCCAUACUUUGGGAAAUCUUUAGGCUGGACUGUGGCACCAUUUAUCAUACAGAUAUGUAAAAACCUGGAUGAACUUGUUAAACAGUAUGAAAAUGAAACUGUGAAGAUGUCUGUGAGCGUAACUUCUAAAAGGGAGAACAUUACACCAGAUUAUCCUCUGACACUUUUGGAAGGCUUAACAACCAUUGGUCACUUUUGCCUUUUGGAUCAUCCUAAUCAAGCCAAAAAGGUGUCCCCUAUAUCUGACCCCGCAAACCUGAGAAAUGCCAGGAAUGCCAUUUUGGAAGAAUUGCCUCGUAUUGUUAACACAAUGGCCCUUCUUUGGAGUGUUAUAAAAAAGGAAGACUCUCAAAAAAGACCAACUGACUUUCUUGGAGCAACCAAAGGCUCUUCUUCAGUAUACUUUAAGGCAACCAAAACGAUAAAAAAUAAAAUUUUAGAUUUCUUGAAUCCACUGACGCCACAACUUGGAGUCCAGUUAAUAUCAGCAGUAGCAGCAGUGUGGAACAGCAAAAAAGCUCAUAAGAAUCAAAGUAAAAUAAAGAUUCUUCCAGUGGCUAGUGCAUCUCAGCUUAUUCUUGUGGACUUAGUGUGUGCACUUAACACUCUGAAGACUGACACUAUAUUACAGCUGGUAAAAGAAGUUGUCAAGAAACCAUCCCAAAUCAAAGGCGAAGAGAAAUCUUCUCUAGUGGAUAUCCCAGUGCUGAAAUUCAGCUAUGCUUUCAUUCAAAGACUUCCUGUCUCAGCCCUGCAGGAGAACUUUCAGUCAUUGUUAGGAGUGCUGAAGGAAUCUGUGCAAUUGAACUUGGCUCCCCCUGGAUAUUUCCUGCUUCUGAGUACUCUGAAUGACUUUGUGACCAGAACUCCUAACCUGGAAAAUAAAAAGGAUCAAAAAGACCUGCAGGAGGUGACCCAAAAAAUCUUGGAAGCUGUGGGGAAUGUUGCUGGUUCCUCCCUGGAACAGACUAGCUGGCUGAGCAGAAACCUGGAGGUGAAAGCCCAGCCUCAGAUCUCUUUAGUUGAAUCCAGUGCUGAAGAUGACUUGUAUGAUGCUUCACUAGUACCAUCUUCAAUGGUGUCUGCCUCUGCUCCCUCAAUAUACAGUGUUCAAGCUCUCUCUCUUCUUGCAGAAGUUCUUGCUUCUCUCCUGGACAUGGUUUACCGUAGUGAUGAAAAAGAGAAAGCCGUGCCAUUAAUUUCACGCCUGAUGUAUUACGUAUUUCCUUAUCUACGCAAUCACAGUGCCUACAAUGCCCCUAGCUUCCGUGCUGGGGCUCGAUUGCUCAGCUCCCUAAGUGGAUAUGCCUACACUAAACGAGCCUGGAAAAAAGAAGUUCUGGAGUUAUUUGUGGACCCAGCUUUCUUCCAAAUGGACACUUCAUGCAUUCAUUGGAGGUCCAUUAUAGAUCAUCUUCUAACACAUGAGAAAACUAUGUUUAAAGAUUUUAUGAGUAUGCAGAGCAGUUCUUUAAAAAUGUUCCCAAGUUUUGAGCAAAAAGCAAUGUUGUUAAAGCGUCAGGCUUUUGCUGUCUUUAGUGGAGAAAUCGAUCAGUAUCACCUUUACCUUCCAUUAAUACAAGAACGACUGACAGAUAACCUCCGUGUUGGACAGACUUCUAUAGUUGCUGCCCAGAUGUUUCUCUUUUUCAGAGUUCUGUUGCUAAGAAUUUCUCCUCAGCAUCUAACCUCACUGUGGCCAAUCAUGGUGACUGAAUUGAUUCAGACAUUUAUACAGCUGGAAGAAGACUUAGCUGAGGAAGAUGAACUAUCAAAGAGCAACAGCAAAGUAAGCAGACAGAAAACUUCAGCUUCAGCUGAUGGCAGUGGCCCCUUACUUUCAGACAUACAACAGAACGAGCUGUCCUUGUAUUUAUCAGCUUGUAAGUUCCUGGACACAGCGCUUUCUUUUCCACCUGACAAGAUGCAGUUAUUUCAAAUGUACAGAUGGGCCUUUGUUCCAGAAGUGGACACAGAGACUUGUACCAUGACCUCUCAUCUAAUGGAAAAUCACCAAGAAUGUAAACCACAUAUUAUUAGAAUCAUGGACUCGUUAAAGCUGAAAUAUGGGGAAACGAACACUAAUGAGAGAACUUCAGAGAAAUGUGACUAUCCUCUUUUGAACCUUCGUUCUAUAUCCAGCAUCACACAGUUAAUGCCCUUCUUCAGGACCCUGAGCUGUGCAUUCAAAGCACAAGGUAACAGGUCCCAAAAUGCACAGAGUUCAGCAUCUCUGUCAGUGGAAUAUUCUCUUGGCAACAGCACAAGGAUCUUGAAACAACUAGAAGAAAGUGUUGAAUGUGACUUUUUGGAAAACCUGGAAAGUUAA